AUGGCUGUUCCGUCGACCGCGGUUUCGAACGCUACCGUAGUUGGAUUAGUCGGUCGAGCGACCAUCGACCACCACCAUCCUCAGCAACAGCAGCAGCAGCAGCAGCAGCAGAACGGUUUGGACGUGGGAGACGUAGCCGCAAAGUUGAACAAAUGCGUCGAUCCAGGACCCUACUCUCAUGUCCCGUAUUACGGCCUCGAUCAGAGUGCUUUGUCGUCUGCGUUGGUACCGCGAGGCAUUGGCGAAACGACUGGUAAGUGCGGUUGA